GACGAGAAUUUCACUUUUUAAGCAUGCACUUCAUAGAUGAUAUGUAUAUUGUCGAUGAAUUCGAUGCCUUUGUUAUACCAGAUUCUGGUAUGAAUUUUUUGCAAAUCGGAAUAAUUAUUGAAAUAAUACGACUGAUAAAGUAUUAUCGUCAACUUAUUCAAAGGCCACGUAGGGUGACUCGAUUUCCAAAGCCAGGAUUACCAAAUGUUUCACAGUUAAAACUCAAAAGAAAUCAAAAACCUUUUCCUUCUGAUAAAACGAUUGAACCAGAUGAAGAAUUUUGA